GGAUUUUUUUUUUUAAUUUUUAAAACGUAUUUUUUACUCAAAUGAACUAAUUUUUUUUAUGAAUCAAUUAAAAAGUUAAACUAAUUAAUAACGAAACAUUUUUUUAAGCUUUAAUUGGGCAUAAAUCAGUUAUAUUGUUGGUGUUAUCAGUCACGGCGGUAAACGAAAUAAACUCAUACGAAAAAUUCAUUCUUUUUUUUUAUUUAUAACCAAUUAAUAUGAAUUUAGAAUUAUUGGAAUCAUUUGGACAGAACUAUCCAGAGGAAUUUGACGGUUUUUUUGAUUGCAUAUCACUUGCUGUUACCUGUGCUUUCAACAAAUUUUUUUUUUUAUUGGCGGUUGGAUGCAAUGAUGGACGUAUCGUUGUAUUUUUUUUUUUAACAAGAGGUAUUGCUAAAAUUAUCUCGGCACACGUUUUUUUUGUAUGCAGUUUAAGUUGGACGCGUAAUGGACAUAAGCUACUAUCGGCCUCAAUUUUUUUUAAUGUUUGCAUAUGGGAUGUUUUGAGCGGUGAUUGUGAGUUUUUUUAUCGUUUUCCAUCACCCGUACUGAAAGUUCAGUUUGAUCCUUUUUUUGAUAAACGUUUUCUCGUUUGCCCAAUGCGUUACGCGGCUGUGUUGGUAAAAGUUGGAGACACACAUAAAUGUUUGCCACUAGAUUCGAAGGGAGAUUUAAAUUUUUUUGCUUCUUUCGAUCGUCGAGGAAAACACAUUUACACAGGCAUUUUUUUAGGAAAAAUACUCGUAUUAAAUGCUGAAACAUUGGAUAUUUUUUUUUGUUUUCGUAUAAUAGUGGGCUCUUCAAGUGCAACUGCUGUUAAAAGUAUAGAAUUUGCGCGUAGAGGAGAUGCCUUUUUAAUUUUUUUCUCAGAUCGCGUUAUACGUGUUUAUGAUUCGAAGGAGAUUUUUUUUUUGGGGAAAGAUGGUGAGCCCGAACCCAUACAAAAGUUACAAGAUUUGGUAAACAAAACUACCUGGAAGAAAUGUUUUUUUUCUGGCGAUGGUGAAUAUAUUUGCGCCGGCAGCGCUCGCCAUUUUUUUCUUUACAUAUGGGAAAAAUCCAUAGGAAAUUUGGUAAAAAUUUUUUUUGGUACUAAAGGCGAGCUCUUACUCGACGUAGUUUGGCAUUUUUUUUGUCCAAUUAUAGCUAGUAUAAGUUCAGGUUUAGUUUCAAUUUUUUUUCAAAAUCAAGUGGAAAAUUGGUCGGCAUUUGCACCGGACUUUUUUUUGCUCGAUGAAAAUGUAGAAUAUGAAGAACGUGAGUCUGAGUUUUUUUUAACGGAUGAAGAUAAAUCGGUUGAUUUGAACGCUGAUGCUUUUUUUGAUGAAGAGAUUGAAGUGGACGUUUUGAAAGUGGAACCAGUUUUUUUAUUUUGUUCGUCCGAUGAAGAGGGUGAAGAUGAAAAUGCAUUUUUUUUUCUACCAAUGGCACCUGAAGUAGAGGAUCCGGAAGAUGGUUUUUUUAUGCAAGAAGGCGUGGAUACAUCGCUCACUAAAGAAAACGUUUUUUUACAGGAGUACGAGUGUGAAACAGUGCCGUCGAGAAAACGAUUUUUUUACAAUUAUGAUAUAAGUUUGCCAGAUGCGCCAGUUGAUGGUUUUUUUAGCGAAAAAACUCAUCCACUGAUUUCAAGUAUUUUUUUUAAGGAUAAGCAGCCUGUGGGCGGCAAGAAAGCAGCAGGGUUUUUUUAA